ACAUAAAACCCAAACGAUGACAUUCUUACAGAUACGACAGAAGCAAACAGUUAUUUGACAACUUCCGACCCCACACCUUGCCUUCGCCGCUCCCUGCUGUAAGUGCCCCGGUCCAACUGUCCGGCCCUCCCCUCCCAGCCCAUCGGCCCUCCAGUCCAGCGGGACGAUGAUGCUCAGCAGCACUGUGGAGGUGCCCAGCCCGGGUGGGAUGAGCGGCCUGAGCGGGCUGAGUGCGGCGGCCCGGAAUGUGGUGCGCUCCUCCAGCAUCUCAGGGGCCAUGUACAGCCUGGAGAAGAGUCCCGGCAGCGGAGGCUCAGACUCCGCAUCUUUGGCGGGCAACAAGAAGCGGCGCUCCAGUCUGGGUGCCAAGAUGGUGGCUAUCGUGGGGUUGUCGCAGUGGAGCAAGAGCACACAGCAGCUCAAUCAGCAAGAUGGCGGGACAAAGAAGCUUCGCAGCACCAUCCGACGUAGCACGGAGACUGGCAUCGCCGUGGAGAUGAGGAGCCGAGUGACACGGCAGGGCAGCAAGGACUCAACCGACGGCAGCACCAACUCAAACAGCUCUGACGGAACGUUUGUCUUCCCUACCACACGCCUGGGGCCUGAGAGCCAGUUCAGUGACUUUCUGGAUGGACUAGGCCCCGCUCAGAUUGUAGGCCGGCAAACACUAGCUACACCCCCCAUGGGGGAUGUCCAUGUCGGCAUGGUAGACAGAGGAGGGCAGCUGGAGGUGGAGGUCAACCAGGCCAGAGGGUUGAUCCCCAAACCAGGCUCCAAGAACAUACCAGGUACCUACGUAAAGGUGUAUGUCCUGGAGAAUGGAGUGUGCUUGGCCAAGAAGAAAACCAAAGUAGUGAAGAAGACUCUAGACCCCACCUACCAGCAGGCUCUGUUGUUUGAUGAGAGUCCUCAGGGCAAAGUCUUACAGGUAAUAGUGUGGGGGGAUUACGGGCGUAUGGACCACAAGUGCUUCAUGGGAAUGGCCCAGAUCCUUCUUGACGACUUGGACCUGUCUGCCACAGUCAGCGGCUGGUACAAGCUGUUCCCUACCUCCUCCCUGGCAGACCCCAGCAUCGGACCCCUCACCAGACGCCUCUCCCAGUCCUCCUUGGAGAGCGCCACCAGCCCCUCGUGCACCUAGACACCGCCUGUAGACACCCACAUGCACGGGUACAGGCAGAGUCAUGCAGACACAACACAACAACUGUAUUUGAAGUGCAAGACAGGUAGGCAUACACAAACAUAUAAUAACUGAUCUCUGAUACACAUGCUGACGCGCUGCCAUAUCCUUUACUGGACAUUACACUCUACUGUACGUCCAUAUUCUCACCCACUGAUCAGUGUUUUUAGUUGACUAAACACUUGGCAAAUCCAACUUGAAGUAGGCAUAAUUUACCAGAACAUGUAGCAUU